AUGAACUUUGUUAAUGCUAUCGCCAUUGCGGCAAUAUUGACUUCAAUCCUGACAUCAGGCGGGAGCUGCCAAGAAUCCUGUUCAAGGAAUGCCAGUCUUAUGAAGAGUAUUCAGUACCAGUUGAAACUUAUGGGAGAUAAUGAUGGAACGUGUGACUGUAAUCAGAGUCCUUCUACCCCGAGUUCAGGAAAGGUUGGUUUUCUGGUAUCUAAUUCAGGAACUUUGCAGAAAAUUGGUGAUGGUUCUAUCGUUGUGUACGACACUGUUACUAGCAACCUCGGAGGAGGGUAUGAUAAAUCAACUGGUAUGUUCACUGCCCCCGGAGAAGGACUCUACUACUUUACAUGGACAGUUCUUACUCCUCCUGGCAAAUCUUUCUACACACAAUUAUUACUGAAUGACACAGUUGUAGCAAGAAAUCAUGCUGGAGCUAUAGGGAUAUCUACACACAUGCCAUCUAGUCAUAGUGCUGUUGGUUUUCUGGUAUCUAAUUCAGGAACUUUGCAGAAAAUUGGUGAUGGUUCUAUCGUUGUGUACAACACUGUUACUAGCAACCUCGGAGGAGGGUAUGAUAAAUCAACUGGUAUGUUCACUGCCUCCCUCAAUGAUAUGCUUAGGAAGAUGUUAUCUAAAUUUAAAAUGUUAAAUGAACAGAAAAUACUCUCCCUACCACCACAAAGUCUUUUUAUAUACUGUAUGAAUUUUUAA